CGCUGUAGUCGUAGCAUAUACCACCAUGUCACUACUAGCAAGAGCUGUUGCUAGGCCGCGGCUGUAUUCUCCGUGUCUGAGAGUAGGUGUAGCUGCAGCAUCUGGAAGGCGCCAUCUCACCAACAAUGGCUUCUUCAAAGUCUCGGAAGAGGUGCGGGAAGCCCUGAAUGCGAAGAAGCCUGUCGUCGCGCUCGAGACGACAAUAUACACUCAUGGCUUCCCAUACCCCGAGAACGUAGCUCUAGCCUCUCUCCUCGAGAGCGUGGUCCGAACAAAUGGCGGUGUCCCUGCCACCAUAGGCAUUCUGGAUGGAGUGGCCCGCGUAGGCUUGAGCCCAGAAGAGAUAAUAAGACUAGCCUCUUCUGCCGGCAACUCCAACACUCUGAAGCUUUCGAGGCGAGACCUGAGCUAUGUGUGCGGUCUGCGAUUGACCAACAAACUGUUCAAUGGCGGCACGACGAUAUCUGGAACUAUGCUGCUAGCACAUCUAGCUGGUAUCAAGAUCUUUGGUACAGGCGGUCUUGGUGGUGUUCAUCGCGGUGCAGAGUCUAGCAUGGACAUCUCUGCGGAUCUGACAGAGUUAGGCAGAACACCGGUCACUGUAGUGUCAAGUGGAUGCAAGAGCUUCCUCGAUAUACCUAGAACAAUUGAGUACCUCGAGACUGAAGGCGUGGGUGUAGGCACAUUCGCAGACGGGCGCACAGGGAACGUCGACUUCCCUGCAUUCUGGUCGAGAGAUAGUGGAGUGAAGAGUCCCACUACCAUAGCUAACGAGAUUGAGGCUGCCGCGAUAAUACACGCGCAAAACUCACUGCAGAUUACGUCCGGCCUGCUCUUCGCCAAUCCAGUCCCCUCAGAGUUUGCCAUUCCCAAGGCAGAGAUGGACGUAAUCAUUGAGGAGGCUUUGAAGCAAGCCGAUGCUGCAGGUAUCACGGGCAAAGAUAAUACACCUUUCGUCCUUGCUAAAAUCAAGGAGCUCAGCAAGGGUGCGAGUAUUCCCGCAAACAGAGCACUCAUUGAGUCCAAUGUCAAACGAGCCACCAUUGUAGCCCGAGAGCUUGCGAUACUGGAAGGAAAGCAAGAAGAAGCCCAAGGACGGGGUUCCUACUUUACUCCAGUUCAAUCUAGUCCUACAGUUACCACAGAAGAUGCACUCAGUGAAGCAUCUCUAUCGCUUGCAGAACCCCCUACAACUUCAAGUACAUCCAUCUCUGAGAAUGCAUCGGGCAUAGACAUUGUCGUAGCAGGUGCUUUGGCAGUCGACUUUUCGUGUGACUACACCCCUUUUACCAACUCCACAAGCCAGACCGAGCCAUUACCACACACAUCUAACCCAGCUGUGAUCAAUCAGACUCUUGGAGGCGUAGCACAUAAUAUUGCCAAGGCCGCCCACCUGCUCGGCUCCCCCGUUAGCCUGCACAGUGCUGUUGGCGAUGAUCUCAGCGGCCGCGCAGCGCUAAGUCAACUGCAAGAGGAAGGCAUGCUGGUGUCUGGUAUCGAGACUCUCCCAAAGCCUGCCAGAACCGCCCAAUAUGUCGCCAUCAACAACGCGAACAAAGACCUCGCGCUUGCCAUGGCAGACAUGUCCAUUCUAGAAAAGAUCCCCGGGGAUACUAUUGAAAGCCUUACGAGUACUCUCUUCAGCAACUCCUCAGCACGACCAAGAGUCUUCGUCGCCGACGCAAACUGGUCGUCUACCGCCCUACACACUUGGCUCCAGGCCGCACACCAUCCAGCCACCACGACGAUCUUCGAACCUGUUUCCACUGCGAAAGCACUACGAAUCUUCCCUCCCACAUCAUCGUCUUCGGACGAUAUAUCCAACGUAUUUCCCAACCCUCUUGCCGACAUCAUCACACCAAACACGUACGAGCUCAGCGCACUUCACAACUACGCAUACCAAUCGUCCUACUUCGAGAGUCAAGAAUGGUUCGCCGUUAUAGACGCUCUUGGCAUACCGUCGACCGGUCUACGCAUUCCUCUUGCCUACACCACCAACUCCGACAUAGUAGAUCAGGGUGUGCCGCAACAAGCUAUCAAACUACUUCCCUUCUUCCCGACCAUUCUGACGAAACUUGGACCUCAAGGCGUGCUACUGACCAAACUGCUCACAACCGACGCUGAGGAACUACACAACGACGCAGAACGGCCGUAUAUCUUAGCGCGUGGUAUGAAUACAGAUUCGAGUCAACUUGGGGUGGGUGGCUUGUACGUGCGUCUCUUCGCGCCAGAGAAAGUAUUGAAGCCUGAAGAGGUAGUCAGUGUAAAUGGUAUUGGCGAUACGUUUUGUGGGGCGCUGGCUGUGGGUCUAGCGAGUGGCAAGAGAGUGCAGGAUGUCAUUGGGUUCGCGCAGCGGGCGGCGGGAUUAAGUUUGAGGAGUCGAGAGAGUGUGAGUCUAGAGCUUAGAGGUCUGAAGAUAUAA